UAGUUCACAGGCAUGACUGUCUCCACAUCCAAUGGCCGUGUCCUCAUAGUCGGAGCAACCGGCUUCAUCGGUCAGUUUGUGGCGGAAGCCAGCUUAGAUGCUGGUCGACCCACUUAUGUUCUGCUCAGGCCCAGCUCGGAAAAUCAUUCCAAGAACAAAAUUGCCAAAUCCCUUCAAGACAGAGGCGCCAUUUUGUUGAAUGGAGUGGCGAAAGACAAGGAGUUGAUGGUGAAACUGCUGAAAGAGCACCACAUUGAGAUAGUGAUAUCAACUGUGGGUGGUGAAAGAGUGCUGGAUCAACUGUGUUUAGUCGAGGCAAUUAGCUCUGCCGGUACAGUUAAGAGGUUCUUGCCGUCUGAGUUCGGACACGAUGUGGAUAGGGCGAACCCAGUGGAACCCGGGCUCAAAAUGUACAAAGAAAAGCGGCAGGUCAGGCGUUUGGUUGAAAAAUUGGACGUUCCCUACACCUACAUUUGUUGUAAUUCCAUUGCUUCUUGGCCCUACUACGACAACAGGCAUCCUUCGGAAGUCAUUCCUCCGUUGGAUCAGUUUCAAAUCUACGGAGAUGGAAGUGUCAAAGCUUACUUUGUUGCAGGCACCGAUAUAGGCAAAUUCACCAUGAAAACUGUUGACGACAUUAGGACAGUGAACAAGUCGGUUCAUUUUAGGCCAGCCUGCAACUUCUACAACAUGAACGAGCUUGCAGCUUUGUGGGAAAGGAAAAUCCGACGAACCCUCCCUCGAGCUACCGUCACUGAAGAUGACCUUCUCUCGGCCGCGGAAGAGAAUCGUAUCCCACAGAGUAUUGUUGCGUCAUUUACGCAUGACAUCUUCAUAAAAGGUUGCCAAGUCAAUUUUUCGAUAGACGGACUGAACGAAACCGAAGUGAGCAGCCUGUACCCAGAUGAGCCAUUUCGAACAUUGGAUGAAUGCUUCAAUGACUUCCUAAUGAAGAUGAAAGGUGAAAACACGAAGCAAAGCAAUGAAAUCCCGGCCCCAAAGCCGGUGGUCGAAGCCUUUGCCAUCACGGCAACAUGUGCUUGACGUCAAAAAUCAGCACAAAACUAUCCUUGUUUACUUCAAUUAUGAUGAUUGAAUAAGAUGAUUGAAUAAGAUGAUUGAAUGUUAAUUUAGUCCAAGACUCUAAUUAGUAAAGAUCUGUUCAAGGUGGGAAAGAAGGUGCAGAAAGGAGAACGAAAACCACCAACUUGGCUGUUUUAUCAUGUACCUUGAUGAUUUGUCUAGUGAUUUUGAUUUGUAUGCUAUCCUGCAUUUAGUAAUAAAAUGUGAUAUAUUC